AUGUUAUUAGAAACAGCACCGGGACCUUUCUCGCAUUCGGAAUACAUUUUCGAACCGAAGGUAGACGGUCACCGGCUUAUAUAUUCGCAACAGGCCGGCAACAUCCGGUUAUAUACGCGUCACAACAAUGAUUGUACCCGCCAGUAUCCGGAGUUGGUCCUGCCAUUUGAUGACGAUAUCAUCCUGGACGGCGAGGUCGCUUGUACCGAUCCGGAGACUGGUUUAAAUGACUUCGAGGCAGUAAUGAGUCGGUUCAGCACCAAGCAGUCCAGCAAAAUAACGCAGCUCACUCGAAUACUGCCAGUCACUUUCGCCAUAUUCGAUAUCCUGCAGUACAAGGGUCAGGACCUCCGCAAGCUUCCUCUUAUACAGCGCAAAUCCAUCUUACAGGGACUCUCAUUACCCUCCAAAAGCUUUGGGGUUGUACCUCAUAUAGAAGGCGCAGGAGAGGCCUUGUUCGCUCAAAUAGAGGCUAUGGGUAUGGAGGGUGUGGUUGGUAAGAGGAAAGACAGCCAGUACUCCAGCAUCCGAUCCAGGGAGUGGCAGAAGGUCAUAAACUGGUCUUAUGCUGACGUGUUUAUCACUGGAUAUAAAAAGGCUGAGUUUGGAUGGCUUGCUGCGGUCCCAGAUCCGUCCGGCAAGAUGCGUCCUGCAGGUGUGAUUGAGCACGGGCCGAAUUUGAAGCAUAAGCAAGCAUUCCGUGGUGUAUGUAAGCAGCUUAUUACAGGAGAGGACAAGAAGCAUGUUUACCUAGAGCCAAGGAUCCAAGCGAGGGUUAAAAUGAGGAACUGGACCAAAUCGGGUCUGUUGAGGAUACCGGUAUUUACAGAGUUCAUUGUU